AUGCCGCCUCGCCUCGCUGUGGCCUCCCUGGGCAAGCCCGUGAGGGGCGCGUCCGCACCCGCGGGCCUGGCGCCGCCAGACGCCGCUGCCUCCGCGGCCGACCUCGGCCUGGGCGGCUCCGCCGAGGGCCACGCGCUCGGCCCCGAGGAGGCGGGCGGGUCCGAGUGCUCGCCGCAGAGCCCGUCGUCCGACUCGAGCGGCAAGCUCUUCCGGCAGGUGAGUUUCUCGCAGGUCAGCUUCUCGCAGGUCAUGCGGUCCUUCCUGUGGAGCAAGGGCCACAGGAACCUCCUGAUACGGGGCAUCACCUCCUUCCUCCAAGCUUCGGCCACGUGUGUGCUGGUGGAGCAAGGGAUCGACAUUCCUCACAAGCCUUUCGUGGUGGUGUGCCAGCUGACGGCCUCUGCGAGUCUGGUGUGGCAGUGGCGCACGGCCGAUCCCCGGAUGUUUGUCCUGCGUGGCGCUGCCAGCUGGGGCCAGGCCCUCCUAUUAGUCCAUUCGAUUCCGUGUGGCAAGCAUUGGAUAUGGGACCACUGCGACACCGAGGCUUGGUCCAGCGGUAUGCGCAAGUUUCGUAUCAUGCAGAUUUUCAACCUCGUGAAGAUGAUCUGCAAUGGGAUUUCCUUGUUCCUCCAGUUCUUCUAUCCUCACCGGAUGUUCGGAGGCCACGGGAACGAGCAGCUGUUCUACCGAGGUUGGAUUCAGUUCACCGGCAUCCCCAUAAACCUGACGAUCGGCAUCCUGAAGCUGCAAGGCGUCGAUUCCGUCCGGAAGCACGAGCUCGUUGAGAUUGUCAUCGAUUUCGUUCGCAUUCCGAUCAUUGCAGUGGCUUCUUGGUCACUGAUAGACCAGUGGUACCGCACAGGCAAAAACAACACCGGGCACCCCAUCAGCGACCUGUACGAGAGCAUGUCAAGAGCUGGCCAGACACCUCUGGUGGCGCUGCGGAUGGCGCGCAGGAAGCUGCGCCGGGCGCAUGCGCGGGCGCGGGAGAGGGCCGGGAAGCUGGCCUCCGCGGUCUCGCGCGACUCCCUCUCGUCGCAGGUCAGCGGCGCCACUAGCUGCGGCCAAGUGGUCGCCGUGGUCCCCGUGAAGCUGGCCUCCGCGCGCGACUCCGUCUCGUCGCAGGCCAGCGGCGCGACCGGCUGUGGCGGGCAGAUCGCCGCAGCAGACCCCGAGGGAGGCGAGUCUUGCAAGAGCCAGCCGGAGCCCGAGCCGGCGCUCGCGGGCGCGGGCGAGGCUGGGGAGAGCGGCAGCCCGGCCACGGGCGCGCCGAUCCCGGCCGACGCCCUGGUGGUGGACCUGCCGCGGGGUGCGCAGGCGCUGGCGCCCCGGCUAGAGGCCGAGGCGAAGGCCAGCCGCUGGCAGUGCUUCCGGGCGAGGGUCGCGUGCCACCUCGAGUGCUGGCUGUGA